UUCUCCAGCUCUGCUCGCUCUUUGUGAAACUCCAGCGCGCGCUGGGCUGAGCACUGUAGUAUGGAAAGUCGCGCGCGGUGGUGAUGACACUUCGUUUACUGUCCGUGUAGGAGCAUAGCGCGAGCACAAAAGUGUGGAAGAUGGAGUCCAGCCCGGAUUGCGAAGAUCUUCAGGUGGUUCACUCGCGUUCCCCCAAGACCUCCGCGGUGAUGUUCUCGGCCGGGGUGCUGGGGAACGUGGUGGCGCUGGUCCUGCUGGAGGUCCGGCGGAGGAGACAGAAGCACAGCGCCUCGCUCUUCCAGGUCCUAGUGACCGCUCUGGUCAUCACGGACCUUCUCGGCACCUUCUCGCUCAGCCCCCUGGUGAUCAGCGCGUACGCGCAGAACCGCUCGUUGCUGGGUUUGAGCCACAGCCGCGCGGCGUGCAACCACUUCGGCUUCUCCAUGACUUUCUUCAGCCUGGUGACGCUGGCCGUGCUGCUCUGCAUGGCCGUGGAGCGCUGGCUGGCCAUCGGGCACCCUUACCUGUACGAGAGGCGCGUGACCGUGCGCUGCGGCUACGUGGUUCUGCCCAUGGUGUACCUGGCGUGCGCGCUCUUCUGCCUCGCGCCCUUACUGGGCGUGGGCUUCGGCAGGUACGUGCAGUACUGCCCGGGAACCUGGUGCUUCAUGGACCUCAACUCCACCUCGGGCGAGCUCGGACACAAGGUGUACAAGAACGUGUACGCCUCGUGCCUGCUGCUCAUGAUCGCGUGCACCGUGCUGUGCAACGCCUCGGUCAGCUACCACCUGGUGCUCAUGCACCGCAGGAGCAAGGCCAACAGGAGCUCCUUCAGGAGGACCAAUGGUCAAAAGUCACAGUCCAUCACCGAGGAGGUGGAACAUCUCGUGCUUCUCGGUUUCAUGACCAUCGCCUUCGUCAUCUGCUCUCUUCCUCUGGUGAUCCGGGUGUAUAUGAGCUCAAAGGAUCACGCGACGGACCUCACGGCUCUGCUGUUACUGUCCAUGAAUCCCAUCAUUGAUCCCUGGGUGUUCAUCAUCCUCAGCCCACCAGUUCCUCGACUACUCUGGGAAAAACUGUGUAAAGCCUCCAGGUCCAGAUCCAACCACAAGAAGAUUCUCCACACACAGUCAGAAACCUGUCCGUCCAACAUGACCAUGGAGCUGCAGAAAUGAAACCUGACCCAAUGUGGAGUAGAACCUGCUGCGAAAACCUUCAGAUGGGAUCUACAGGAUCAUCUCUAGGACUUUCUUCAGGCCAUCUACAGGACCGCCUUCGAGAUCGUCUACAAGAUCUACUGUAGAACCAUUUUCUGGACAUCCUACAGGAUUGUCUAUGGAACCAUCUACAGGACUUCCUUCAGGACGGUCUGUGGAAACAUCUACAGGACUGUUUAUGGAAUCAUCUGCAGCACUGUCUGGAAUCAUCUACAGGACUUCCUACAGUACUGUCUAUGGAGCCAUCUAUAGAACUUCUAAUGGGACUGUUUAUGAAACCCUCUACAGGACUGUCUAUAGAACCAUCCACAAGACUUCCUACAGGACUGCCCGUGGAACCAUCUACUGGAUAUCCUACAGGACUGUUUAUGGAACCUUCUACAGGACGGUCUACAGGACAGUCUACAGGAAUGGACCCUCUACAGGCCCAUCUGCAGAACCACCUAAAGGACCAUUUGAGUCCCUCAGACUUCUUGUUUCUGAUACCUACAGUCUCAGACACUGAGAAUAUUUCAGUGGUAGUGUCAGCACUGCUGUAGCUGGAUUAGUUUUCCCAAACAAUAAUGAUGAAAGGAGCAGUUUAAUAAUUAUCUAUAAAAUGUAUAAAUACAGCCAAUAAUUACAACUUCAUCGUUGCUUGUGUGGUGGCACAUAAAGUCAUGAAUGAAAAAGCAUUUAAUUUAUUUUCAAAAUUUCCUUUGGAAAUGCAUUCAUGGUUAAAAUCGACAGCGUAGUGGAUAACCACAGAGUAACCACACAAACUAAUGAACAGUUCCCUGAUACGUGUGUUUAUACUUAAUUAUCCAUUUUUGUUUUAUACCCAAAUAAUCCAUAUUGGUGCACUUCUAAAAAACAGCAACAUGCCACAUGGUCGUGUUUAUUAGCCGGUUGUUACUGUCAGAAUAAACUACACACGCUCCAGAUUCA